UGUGAGCUCUUUUCCUACAGCGGUUGGAAAAGGACUUUCCAGACUACCUCGAGGCUCUCAACAAUGCCUGUAAAAGGAGUGGGAAGAAGUUUCAGCGCAGAGACUUAUGAAGCUAUUUUGCUGACGAGCAAGUCUACGAUUUUGUGUGUAAAGUUCCUUCUCGAGAGCGGUUUCUUUUAUGUUUUGACGAGGAACCUCUCAACCGACCUUGUGGAACUCCUCUUCAGUUCUCUACGGCAAAUGGCCGGUGGCAAUGACUGCCCGGAUGCAAGAGCCCUGACGUUCAGCCUGGAGAAGAUCUUCAGGACUGGCAACAUCUGCCCAUCCCAGUCUUCAAACGUCGAGGACGGGCAGGCUGUCUUGAGCGUACAUGGCGCUUCCAUGAGCGUGACAUCCCCUGUACUGGAUGUUCCAGCUGAAGCAACAGCACAAGCUGCCACACCUGUUUCGACUGAGACAUGUCAAGUUGCCCUAGCCAGUUGCACUGCACCUGAAGACGUUGUGAUGGAAAUCGACGGGCUCUUUACACCAGUGAAAGCACUGCCUCUGCAGCGGCCACCGUCAACCAUAGUGAAUGCUAGCAUUGCUUACAUAGCCGGGUUUGUGGCAAAAGCAGUCGAGGAGCAGAGAACAUGUACCUUCUGCCCUUCCCUCCAUCAAUCAGAUGGAUCCAGUCCUGUGCUAAUGGGGCUAAUUAGCCUGAAGUCAAGGGGUGGCCUAACUUUCCCAAAGCCUGAAUUUGUCAUGGCACUUGUGACCAUUAAGAAGGCUGUUGACAUUGCCCUGCCGCACAUAAAAAAGAGCAAUGUGCGUCAGCAACUGGCUGAACUGAUUUUGCCUCACCUUGAGCAGUGCCCCCUUUUUGUAUGCCCGGCAAGAGAUGAGCAUGGUACGAGCACACUGUCAGUGGUCUUCGACAAGUCUAUUAAGCCACUCUUGUCCAAUGUCGGUGCGGCUGUGACAGACAGGGCCGCUUACCGGAAAAAGCUUGCAUGUAAGCCACUGUACCGAAAAGCGCUGCGCGUGUAA